CCCCCAUAGACAUUCUAUACUCUAAACAGACCUGGAAAGAUCUCGUCAAGAAUAGUAAAGAUUAUGCUCUACUUUUAGCUCAUUUUAUGCAUUUAAGACUCAAAAAUGUCAGUUAGAGGAACACCUAGGGGCUCGGACGAGAACUUAAGUGCUUCGUCGGAUAGUUUUUGGGAUGUUGGGAACUACAGAAGGACUGUAAAACGCAUUGACGAUGGAGCAAAGUUAUGUGACGAGUUGAUGAAGUUGGUAGCCGAGAGAGCUGAGAUCGAAGCAAAGUACGCUAACAAGCUGAAAAACUGGGCUAAAAAAUGGGAAGAAACUAUCAAACUAGGCCCUGAAUAUAACACUAUGGAGGAAGCAAUGAAAGGAACAGUGAAUGAAGCAAACUCUCGUUCAAACAUUCAUGUAAAGUGUAAGGAAGACUUGAUGAAUGAUGUGUACGAGUUGGUGAAGAAGUGGAAAAACGAAAACUACCAUAAGUCGUUAUUCCAAUGGAAAGAAACUAAAGAUGCUGAAGAUGGCUUUGCGAAAGCCCAGAAACCUUGGGCUAAAUAUCUAAUGAAGGUAAUGAGAGCAAAAAAGGCCUACCACGGGGCUACAAAAGCGAAAGAACAAGCUGAAAAACAAGUGAGCGAUGCGAGUCACGACGUUAGUUUCCCGCAAGAAAAACUUCGAAAGCUCGAAGAUGGAGUUGAAAAAAAGAAAGAUGACAUGGAGAAAGCUAAAGCUAAAUAUGAAAGACGACUUGAGGAAAUAACUAAUGAAUACAACGAUACAUAUGCAGAAGGAAUGACCCGACAGUUUCAAAAGUGCCAAGAAUUUGAAGAGAAAAGACUAGAAUUUUUCAAAGAGGCUUUGAUGAAAUAUCAUCGUUGCUUGAAUAUUGCAGACAAUCCUGAGUUCUCAGGUAUAUUUGUUCAAAUGAGUACGUCCUUUCAAAUGGCCAGCAGUCUGCAAGAUUUGGAUUGGUGGUCAAGAAACCAUGGGACAGCAAUGCCACCCAACUGGCCAGUCUUUGAGCCCAUUUGGACACCAAGAGUCUGAAGAGUAUGCCCCAGAACCAGACGACUGGGGUAAUGAACCCCCCCAGGUCGACAUGGACAUAGGUGUACCUGUACGAGCCCUGUAUGACUAUGAAGGUGUAGAAGGGGAUGAGUUAUCAUUUAAAGCUGGUGAGAUCAUAACAAAGCUCUCAGAAAUGGAUGACCAGGGCUGGUGCGAAGGACGCUUUCAAGGCAAGCUGGGGUUAUUCCCUGCCGAUUACGUAGAACCUGUUUAGAUCUAUCAAAUUCUUUAUGCUUAAUCUAUUUUUUUAAAUUGUGUGUUGGGUAUAUGGUACAAGUAGUUGUACCUUCAGGAGCAGAGGGCUGCCUCUUGACUUCUACAUGUGCCUAAGGCCUGUUCUAGAUGCCACUCCAGGGCUUAACCUAAUAAAAUUAAGUUGGACUAAAUCAACUUCAGAAAAAUGACUUCAGUCAGAAAACUCAGUGGUAAACUCUGGAUGAUAUCAGGGGGGUGGCUGUUACCUUGAAAGCCGCUAGCACAUAGUUUCUUCUAUAGAUUUGACAUCAAUUUUUAUUUUUAAAACAUCAAAUAGGUAAAGCUAGGCAGUCAAUCCACUUACAUAAUUGUGGUGAAGCUCGUUCACUUUUCUACAGGAAUGAAAGAGAAAUAUUUUCAGUUAUCAUAACUUAUGCGUUACAUUUGGUAUAGGGAAAAGUGGCAUCUGAAUCAGUUGCUGCCCUAAUGUUGCAAAAUACUACAAACCCUUCCAAACUUA